AUGACCUGUUUGAUCAACUAUAGGGAGCAACGGUCUUCUCUAAGAUUGAUUUCCAAGUGCGAGUUUUGGCUAGCUGAUGUGGCGUUCCUGGGUCAUGUGGUGUCAAGUAAAUGGAUUACAGUGAACCCAGCUAAGAUUGAAGCUGUGAUGAAGUGGCCAAGGUCAACCACAGUCACUGAAGUAUGGAGUUUUCUGGGGCUAGCUGGAUACUACAGAAGGAAGAUCAUUCAUACUUCUGUGAUGAUCACUAAUGAAGAGAAAUUACAAGAUGAGAUGAAGAGAGCUGGGAUAGAUGUGGUGGUUAAAGGUGGUACCGCUCGGUGCGAAGAUGUAUCAGAAUCUGAAAGGAUGUUACUGGUGGCCAAGAAUGAAGAAGAACGUAUCAGAUUUCGUAAGUCGAUGUCUAACCUGCCAGUAGGUAAAGGCCCCGAGACAACAUCCAGUAGGAUUGAUGCCCUUGAAUGUUCCUCAAUGGAAAUGGGAAGCAGUUUGUAUGGACUUCAUGAUAAGCGUCAACAAUGCUGGAUUUUGCCAAGCUAG